CAGCUAGAUAGCGGUAAUGCUGAAAAUUAUUAUGUCAAACAGAAUGAAUAUUUAGUCUUUUUAUGAUAAGUAAGACAUGAAUUAUAUUUUAAACAGCACCAAGAAAGCACUGGGAAGUUACAGAUUUUAAUGGACUUGCUCCUUUAAAUAUGUAAGGGGCCUCUGGAGUUCGAUACAUUGAUUAAAUCAUGUAGUAUAAUUUUCUUACUACACCAAAUAUUCAUUAGUUGAAGACUUCUAAAUUUACACUAGAUAUUGCUUCUGAUCUUUCUUCAGAACACCAAUGAUUUCUUUCCGACCCAAUUGGUUACAGCUGCCUUCACAUUGGAAGGCAUCUAUGUUGCCCAAACAAAGUCAAUCCCAACGGUACGAAGGCCUUUCAGAAAAGUUUUUGUCAUCUCCUGUUCCAAAGAUAUUGCUGUUAGCUGGGACAGACAGACUUGACAGAGCCCUCACAAUAGGUCAAAUGCAAGGGAAGUUCCAAAUGGUGGUUGUCAGACACACAGGCCACGCUAUACAGGAAGAUGUUCCUGAUGAAUUUGCUACUUUGCUACUCAAUUUCAUUUCCCAUAAUCGAAUAGGCCCACAUGGAAUUGAGAUACCUGGACUUCGUCGAGCCCCUCAGUCAACACCUUGAAUACUGGACUGCUGCGGAAUAAGAAUUUAAUAGUUCCUAUUUGUAACUUCUAGUUGCUUGCGCCGGAGGAUCCUUUGGGAGCAUGUAGGCGAAUAUUUUAAUAGAGAUUGUACAUAGAGUUGUCAGCUAUAAUAAAUUUUCGAUUUGGCAAACAAGACCAUUUUAAAAAGUCACCUUUUGUUUCUUCAAGAUUAAACUUGUACAGUUGCUUGUCUCGAGGGAAACCAUCUCUGAAGCUGAGGAACUCAAGGAUUGAAAACACAAGUUCUUCCCAUGAAUCAACAACAUUAAUUAUC